AUGCCGUCUUUUGAGCUUACUGCUUUGCCUGCUUCAGCUGUGAUCCCCCUCACAGGGACAUGUCUCUACCUCGGUUGGCAGUACCUGCGCCGUCGGCUCGCCAAUCCACAUGGACUCCCCCUUCCUCCGGGCCCUUCGCGGCGCAUUCCAUGGGUCGGCAACGCCUCCGACAUGCCGACGGGACACCCCUGGUUGAAAUACGACGAAUGGACCAAGGAGUACGGUGAUGUUGUCUAUCUAGAGUCGUUCGGCCAAGGGAUAGUCAUUCUUGGAUCCCUGGAGGCAUGCGUCGAUAUAUUCGAUCGUCGUUCCUCGAAUUUCUCCGAUCGGAUGGGCUGGGGCUGGAUCUUGUCCACUAUGAACUACGGUGAACGCUGGCGGAAGAGAAGGCGGGCGUUCCACCAGUUCUUCAACGUCAACCAAGUGCAUCAGUAUCGCCCCAUCCAGCUACGAGAAGCGCGCGCGUUGCUUCCCCGAUUGUUGGAGUCGCCGGAGCGAUUUGCCCACCAUCUCCGACACACCCUGUCUGCGGUGAUCAUGGAUGUUACCUACGGCAUCAAGAUUGCCGACACGAACGACAAAUAUAUCACAAAGGCCGAAGAAGCCAUUAGUCGAUUCGCCCAUGCCGGCAAUCCAACGACCUAUCUCGUCAACACCUUUCCCUGGCUUAAGCACGUCCCUGCCUGGUUCCCUGGUGCGCAGUUCAAGCGAGAUGCGAUCAAAUGGAGACCCCUCUCUCAUGAGAUGGUAACGUGGCCGUUUGAGGACACCAAGGAUCUCAUGCGACAAGGCACAGCAAAGCCUUGCAUCCUGACGGCGUUGCUGGAUAGAAUCACCGACGAAGAAGACCGCGCAGAGGCUGAGCUCAUCGUGCGCGAUGUCACUGGUGUAGCUUAUGCCGAUAGGGUUGGCAAGACUAUAUCUGCGACGCAAACGUUCUUCCUCGCAAUGGUAAUGUACCCUGAAGUCCAGAAGAAAGCGCAAGAGGAACUUGACGCAAUCACACGUGGGACGAGGCUUCCAGACUUCGAUGACCUCGGUUCCUUGCCGUAUGUGUCUGCCCUUUGUAAGGAGGUUAUGCGAUGGCAGCCAGUUGUUCCGCUCGCUGUGGUGCAUACUUCGGUUGAGGAUGAUGAGUAUCGAGGAUAUCACCUUCCGAAGGGUACACUUUUCUUUGGCAACGCCUGGUCUAUACUCCAUGAUCCCAAGGAGUAUCCGGAUCCGGAGGUUUUCAAGCCCGAACGUUUCCUGAAAGACGAUGGCACUUUGAAUCCUGCCGUAAGGGACCCAGGAGUCGCCGCGUUCGGGUUCGGUAGACGCAUAUGUCCCGGCCGUUGGAUGAGUGACCAAACCCUUUUCAGCGUUGUCGCUACCGUGCUUGCGGUAUACAGCAUAGCGCCGCCUCUUGACAUGGAUGGCAAGGCAAUUAAGCUAUUUCCGGACAUGACGCCGGGAAUGUUAUCUUACCCGCGGCCUUUCGAGUGUAUCAUCUCCCCAAGGUCUACUCAGUCGCUGAAGCUGAUCCAAGAAGUGGAAGGAGAAACCUAUUGA